AGUAAAAGAAAAUUAAAGGCCCAAAAUUCUUCAAACAAUGGCUCUCCCCAGUUUCCAUUCAUCUACUUUCCUCUGCAACUUCACCCCCUCAAUUCCACUUUCCCAUUUUAAGCAAUUUCCCAAUUACUCUUCUCUUAGCGUUCGUUGCUCUACUAGUGAAAGCCAACAGAGUGAAAGCCAGGAAUCCAAUCAAGAUGCACCAAAGAAGAAGAAAAGACUCUCUGAACAGUCUUCAUGGGAAGCCAAAGAUUCCGACGGCAACGAUUAUCUUUACAGGCUUGGCGCUGAAGCCGAUAAUAUGAAUAUCGCUGUUGGUGCUAGGGCUGGAGUCAUCGAUGAUCUCUUCGCCGGAAAUUUCCUCGGAAAAGACUCGGAUAUUGUGUUUGAUUAUAGACAGAAGGUGACUAGGUCGUUUGCGUACCUUCAAGGCGACUACUAUAUUGCUCCGGCGUUUCUGGAUAAAGUCGUGUGUCACAUUGUGAAGAACUACAUUUCUCAUCUUUUGAACGCCAAAGUUCCUCUGAUUCUAGGCAUUUGGGGAGGAAAGGGGCAAGGCAAAUCAUUUCAGACUGAACUGAUCUUUCAGGCAAUGGGGAUUGAACCUGUCAUUAUGUCUGCCGGAGAACUGGAAUCAGAAAGAGCUGGAGAACCAGGCAAGUUAAUACGUGAACGUUACAGAACUGCUUCUCAAGUGGUUCAGAACCAAGGAAAAAUGAGUUGUUUGAUGAUCAAUGACAUUGAUGCUGGCCUUGGCAGAUUUGGUAACACUCAAGUGACUGUCAACAACCAAAUUGUUGUUGGAACUCUGAUGAAUUUGUGUGAUAAUCCUACAAGGGUAAGCGUUGGGCAAGACUGGAGACAAAACGAUAUAACACACAGGAUUCCUAUUAUUGUUACAGGAAAUGAUUUUUCAACAAUGUAUGCUCCCCUAAUUCGUGAUGGGAGAAUGGAAAAGUUCUAUUGGCAGCCCACCCAAGAAGACAUCGAGAAUAUUGUUUGCAGAAUGUACGAGAAAGAUGGCAUAACAAAGGAUGAGGUUGCGACUAUUGUUAAUACAUUCCCGAAUCAAGCAUUGGAUUUCUAUGGAGCUAUGAGAUCUAGAACGUACGACCAGUCCAUCCUAAAGUGGGUUGAAGACACUGGAGGUGCUGAAGAUAUUGGCAGAAGAUUAAUUCGUCAAAGAAAGAAAGGAGAACUUCCGGUUUUUGUUCCUCCAGAGCAAACGGUUGAAGCCUUGCUUGAAUCAGGAUACUCUCUUGUCAAAGAACAAAAGUUGAUUAUGGAUAGCAAACUUUCAAAAGAAUACAUGAAGAACAUGGAUGAAUAGUACGUGACUAUAUGGUUUAUAAAUGCUUGAGAUUAUUUUGUGUACAUCUUGACUGAACAAACUGUAUACAUAUUAUCCGUAAAGGACGAACCGGAAAAGGGGAAUCUAAGUUUAUUUUUUCAAUUCUUUUUUUUUCUUGUAUGCAAAAGAGCUGAAUAUUUUCCUCUGUAAUACUGAGGUCCCAAAAUCAGGACAUUCCAGAAACCUUUUUUGAGAAAAAAGGAUGUGAACUCC